CAACUAAUUUUUUAAAAAAUAAAAAAGUUACCAAGAGAGGCAAAAAAAAAACUUUUUUGGGCUGUCCACGAAAAAAUCUUCUUUCUCAUGUAGUCCUGUUUAUACCACACCGGACUCGGACAAACGGAACGAGGGCGAGCCCGAGUCGGAGAUCGAUCGAGACGAUUCCCCUCCGUCCGUCAAACCAGACAACCAGCCGCGCUCCCAUACGCCAAUCGAAUUCGAUUCAGCCAUCCCGGCCGCAACUAACCAAUCUAAUGGAGUCCUCUUCGCCGCCGGCGGUCGUGGAAGCGGCGGCCCCUGAGCCCAAGAAAAAGAGGCGGCUGACGCAGGAGGAGAUCGAGUACGCGAUGGCCAUGGAGAGGAGGCCGCCCUUCCGGCCCCCCGGCCUCGACCUGUUCGCCCGGCUGAGCGCGCGCGGCCAAGCCGUGCUGGAUUUGCUGGCCAGUGCCGCGGAGCAUGUCGAGGAGCUGCAGGACGACAGGAUGGCAUACAAGGAGCGGGUCAUCCGGGAGUUCGCCGCCAAGGGCUACGUUGAGGUCACCGACUACGAGGACGAUGAGGAGGAGGAAGAAGAGAAGGAGUGGCAUCGCGAUAUGAUCUUUGACGAGGAGGAGGAGGAGGAAGAGAAGGAGAAAGACGACGAGUGAUUUUUUUUAUACGAUGUCGUAGGAUUAUUUCGUUUAUUUUCUUCGCCACCUGGAAAUUGCCAGUUCCUAGUCUUUAUUCUUUACGUACUUCGUAGUUUAUUUCAGACGCGAUGUUGUGGGAUUAUUUCGGGAGUACACAGUACAGUAUUGGACUGGGGGAUUUGUGAUCAUAACAGAACAAAACGAGCAGAACAAGUCGCGCA